CACCAAAGAUAAAAAUGAAAGCAAAAAGGAGAUCAACUAAUUAACCCGCGCUCCAUAUAAAACAAAAAAACCACUCAGAAAGCAUUAACAACUUUUUUCCUUCUCAAAUUCCCUCUAUUUUGUACCCAGAUCCGUUUCCAUGGAUCCGACCCACCACUCCCCACCGACGCUGUCAUUUUUCUCCGGCUCCGUCACUGGAGGCGGCGCCGCCACAAAAGAUAAUCAAAACCCCCAAAAACUCCGACUAAUGAUAAGCUUCAACGGCCAUAUUCUCCCAAAACCACAUAACAAAACACUUUUCUACGCCGGCGGUGAAACCCGAAUCAUAUCCGUCAAAAGAACAACCGAUCUUUCUCUCUCUACCCUUUUCUCUCACAUCUCGAAAUUUCUCCUUGAUGGGUCGACCCAGAAUUUUACCCUUAAAUACCUGCUUCCUAAUCAUGAUUUUGAUUCACUAAUCUCAAUUUCAUGUGAUGAAGAUCUUUGGAAUAUGAUUGAUGAGUAUGAUCAUCUGUUGGCAUUGAACUCUCCUACAUCAUCUCGUAUUCGAUUCUUUUUGUUUAAGAGGGAGGAAGAUGAUGGUGAUGUUGAUGAUUGGGUUGCUAAUGAGGGAUUGAAGGUUUCGGGUUCGGUUUCGGGUUCAGGUUCGGGUUCGGGUCCUGUGGAAGAGAAUUUAGCUGAAUGUGCUGUUUUGGAAAGUACUUCGAGUUUUGGGUCAACAAAUUCGUCUCAUAAUUCGAAUGUCAUUAAGGAUAAUCUUAAAGGUGUUUGUGGGUUUGGUGCUGCUGAAGAUUUGAAAGUUGUUUUGCCUUCUCUGGAUUCUAUAGGAAGUGACUGCAGCAUUCCUAGCCCAAACUUUAGCCAGCAAGCUAUAGUUUAUCAAGAUGCACCAGCAUUUUUAGACACUAAACCUGUUUCUCUCAAUCUCCUUGAAACCGAAACUGGUGCUUGUGAUCGUUCUCCCCUGAGCGACAUUUUACCACCUAUUCAAGUUCCUGUACCUGGCAGCUAUAUCAUUUCGAAAACCAUGGAUCAACCGCAACACCAAUCUCCGCCUCCACCUUCUCCUGCUACACACUACGCCCAUCCAGCUUCUCAAUCCAAUUAUGUCGCCCAAUAUUACCCGAGUUCUGUCCCUAUUGCCUAUACGCCAAUGUAUCAGACUUACGUCCAACUUCAACAACCUUACCAAUAUCCGGUGAAUAAGCCUUACUCAUGCUACAUGAUGCCUGUUGGGCAUACACAAAAUCUGUCGAUGACUCCUACUUUGACAACUACACCAACUGUUUCUACCAACCAACCUCAAGUGUCUUCAAACUCGGUUAUGAUUUCAUCCCAAAUGGUUCGAGAAGGAUAUAAACCCGUCAGUCCAGCACCCAAAUACGAUGAUAAAGUAUAUGGGCAAAUCGUUGGUUCAAACCAGCCCGCGACCUUGUCUCCAAUGAAUCAACCAAUGCAACCUGUUACCUCUUCCGCUGUUGAAAAUUCCAAUUAUUUCAGUGAUUUCGAGGAUCCAAUACGUGCUCAAAUAUACAAAACUCAACCUUCUGCUCCUAGUUCUACAAUGCCUUCUCAACUUCAAAUGUUACCCGAAAGCUUUGGUAAGUUACAAAUGGAGAAUACUAAGCAUUAAGGAUUGUAAGGCUAGAAAAAAUGCUGCUUUGAUAAACAAUUUUGAGUAAGAUAUACAGAUUUGAUUAGCAUGUUUCUUUUUGUUUACCUCAUAAGUUUUUUUUUCUUAAUGCACUAUUCCUUUGUUUCUUUGAAUUUGCUACAUAACAAAAAUCAAAGUAAGAACUUAUCAAAUAUUGCGUAGCAAAAUCAAAAGAAGCGGAGAGAAUGUUGUUUAGUUGCUUUAAUACAUGUUUAUGUAAUAUUUAAGAGCUUUUUUUUUUAUUUUUUUUAUACAAACAAAAGUUACUUGAUAUUCAUGUUGAAUAUCAUUUAGCCAUUGUGGCUUUAGUUUUGUCAAUAUAAGUUUAUCAAAAUAUAUGAGUUUUUAUUGUUA